GCCGUCAAGGAGGAGGACUCCGUUCCUUGUACCUCAGUGUUCACCGUGGUUGCCUGAGUCGUGCUCACUUCCUCUCGAUUAGAGCUCGUUUCGGGAUUCAGAGAGAGAAAGAACGCAAUCUUCCGAAGAAUUGCUAUUGUCGUAGGCUCGGAUUUGGGGCACUCGGUGAAUCCGGACAGCCUGUGGUUGAUGGUGGCAAUGCUAGAUCUGCAAGAGGUGUAUGCUCCGAGACUCGAAGUAUCGGAGUCUCUCGAACUAGGGAGGCUGAUGAUUCAAUUGAUCUUGUCGGUGAUGCAUCUGUAGCUGCCCUAGAACGUACCAAACUUGCCGGACUUGAUCCUGGGAAGUCUGUGUCUAACCUUAGGAUGAUGAAUUGUGUGGCAUGUUCAAUGGCGACCACAUCCAACGAGGAUGGCGAUGAUGUGCAAGGUCUUGGUAGGGGAAGCGGCUAGGACUGCUCUAUCAACUUCCAUGCCAACUAACGAGUCAAAGGAGAUACGAAUGUGUACCCAUCUUCAUUCGAUGUAGGUCGGGGCCUUCGAUUGCGCCUAGGACGCCAUCGACGUCAAAACGGCCGCGGUGAAACUGGUGGUUCAUCCAUGUGUGCCUCUAUCUGUCAUGCAACGGAUGGUGGUGGGAUUAGUGACACCCGUGGUUCAAGACAAAUUUUAUUUCGUCCCAAAUCUAUGGGAGUGUGCCGGUUCUGUACUGGUCGUGACGGGCUCGGCCUGCUGUUCAACUGGGGACAUCUGGAGGUGUUAUGUUGGUGAUCUACACACCUUUGGCACUGAAGUUCUAGCUCAUCAUAAUGGACUAGUAUAGCCGCGCUACCUUCUACAGCAUUGUAUCCCACAACGCUGGUCACCCAGCCCUUGUCAAUGUCGACGCCUACACAAAAUCGCGGUGAAUCGUCGAAACCACCUUC